AUGGACGGAAUCAAGAAGACGUUUGCGCAAUGCAAGAAGGAGGGCAGAUCUGCCCUCGUCACAUAUGUGACUGCUGGCUUCCCUACCGCCGAAGAGACACCCGACAUUAUGUUGGCCAUGGAGGCGGGCGGCUCAGACAUCAUUGAGCUCGGCAUGCCCUUCACCGAUCCCAUUGCAGACGGUCCGGUCAUUCAGACAGCCAACACUCAAGCUCUCAAGAAUGGCGUCACGAUUUCACAUGUCCUCCAAAUGGUCCGCGAUGCGAGAAAGCGGGGUCUCAAGGCGCCUGUCCUACUCAUGGGAUACUACAACCCACUGCUGAGCUAUGGCGAGGAGAAGAUGUUGCAGGAUGCAAAGGAAGCCGGUGCCAAUGGCUUCAUCAUGGUAGACCUCCCGCCUGAGGAGGCUCUGCGCUUCAGGAACUUCUGCCGCAGCUAUGGCCUCUCUUAUGUCCCUCUGAUCGCGCCAGCUACCUCCGAGCACCGUAUGCGCGUCCUUUGCAAGAUUGCCGAUUCCUUCAUCUACGUCGUCUCUCGUAUGGGCGUCACUGGCGCUACCGGAACUAUGAAUGCCGCCCUUCCCCAGCUCCUCGACCGCGUGCACAAGUACUCUGGAAACGUGCCAGCGGCUGUUGGUUUUGGUGUCAGCACGCGCGACCACUUUUUGAGCGUGGGCAAGAUUGCUGAAGGUGUCGUUAUUGGCAGCCAAAUUAUCAACACCCUGCUCAAGGCUGCGCCUGGCACUGGCGCAAAGGCGGUUCAAGAGUACUGCGACGGCAUCUGUGGAAAGAGCAGCCGGGAGACGACACGCGAGGUUGGCAUCAUUGAGACUUUGAAUGAUGCCAAGGAACCAACUGGUGUUCACGUAGACAAGGUCAUUACUGACGCCGAUACACCCGAUGGACCCGGCCUCGCUGACCAGCUGGACAUGCUCAACACGGAGGAUGCAAACGGAGAUGAUGACUUCAAAGAGAACCACAAGUUUCCGGCACGGUUUGGUGAGUUUGGAGGUCAGUAUGUGCCUGAAUCACUCAUGGAUUGUCUUCGGGAACUUGAAGAAGGCUUUAAUUCAGCGAUCGAGGACCCCAAGUACUGGGAGGAAUACCGCUCAUAUUACGAAUGGAUGGGCAGACCAGGACACUUGCAUCUUGCUGAGCGCCUCACUGAGCAUGCUGGAGGAGCGAAGAUCUGGCUGAAGCGAGAGGACCUCAAUCACACGGGAAGUCACAAGAUCAACAAUGCACUCGGCCAGGUAUUGGUUGCGAGGAGAUUGGGAAAGACUGAGAUUAUUGCGGAAACGGGAGCUGGCCAACACGGUGUUGCAACGGCGACUGUGUGCGCCAAGUUCAACAUGAAGUGUACCAUUUACAUGGGCGCUGAGGAUGUCAGGCGCCAGGCUCUCAAUGUAUUCCGCAUCAAGCUGCUUGGAGCACAGGUUGUGGCCAUCGAAGCUGGAUCUCAGACUCUGCGCGAUGCAGUCAACGAGGCCAUGCGUGCUUGGGUUGUGAAUCUCGACACGACGCACUACGUUGUGGGAUCUGCGAUUGGUCCUCACCCGUUCCCGACAAUUGUGCGCACUUUCCAGUCGAUUAUUGGAAACGAGACCAAGGAACAGAUGCAGGCAAAAUGCGGCAAGCUUCCCGACGCUGUAGUUGCGUGUGUUGGUGGUGGAAGUAACGCGGUAGGAAUGUUCUACCCGUUCUCCAAGGACCCUUCAGUCAAGCUUCUGGGUGUCGAAGCUGGUGGAGAUGGUAUUGAGACGGGACGGCACAGCGCGACGCUUUCUGCGGGAACCAAGGGUGUUCUUCACGGUGUGCGAACCUACGUUAUCCAGAACAACGACGGACAAAUCCUCGAAACGCACUCUGUAUCUGCUGGUCUCGAUUAUCCCGGAGUUGGGCCGGAGUUGGCCAGCUGGAAGGACAGUGACCGGGCAAAGUUCAUUGCAUGCAAUGAUGCUGAGGCUUUUAUUGGUUUCAAGCUCCUGUCUCAGCUGGAGGGCAUUAUCCCCGCGUUAGAGACAUCUCACGCCAUCUACGGGGCUGUUGAGCUGGCAAAGACGAUGAACAAGGACCAGGACAUUGUCAUUUGCGUGUCUGGACGCGGCGACAAGGACGUGCAGAGCGUUGCUGAAGAGCUGCCCAAGCUGGGACCCAAGAUUGGCUGGGACCUCCGAUCCCCUACCCAAUCCCUCGAGCCCCGGCCGCACCGCGAUACCAAGAAAGACCAAAAGCGACGCCAGAAGCUCGAGCAGCUUCGCGAGGCCGACGACAUGAAGUUCUCGCACAGCCUGCAGUUUAAUGCAGUGCCCGACUGGAGCAACCACUACAUUGCAUACAGCAAUCUCAAGAAGCAAAUAUACAGCCUCGAGACUCAGAUCAACCAGAGGAAUGCACAUGUCGACGCCGAGUCGUCACCCCUGUUGAAUGGCGACGCCGCCGACCCCGACAAGGUCUUUACCAAUGCCCUUGACGUCGAACUCGAGCGUGUCACGUCCUUUUACAAGCUCAAAGAAAAUGAAAUUUACGAAGAAAUGAGUGCACUGCUCGAGGAUGAGGAAUCGUUUGAACACCACCAGGCCGAGUACAACGAGGAGAAUGAAAACGCCCCGCCAGGCAAGAAGAUGCGCAGUGGGAGUAUUUUCAAGUCCAUUGGAUUCCAACGCCCGCGCGCAAUGAGCGGCACAAGUGGUCACUCGACAGACCACGGUCCCGAAGACGACUCGGACGAAGACAUGGACGAGACAUCGCGGCUGCGUAAGAAGAGCCCGGAUGGCCAGCGCCGACGUCGGCGGACCAACGAGGAGGACAUGGCGGCCUCGCACGCUUCCUCGAGACGGAUGAACAGCGUUGCGUUUGACGACUACCACGACAUGGCCUUUUCCGCACUGUACGAUGAGGGUGUGUCAUUGAAGAAGCGCACUGUCAGCGUAUAUGUUUUGCUGUGCGAGCUGCGAUCCUUUAUCCAGCUCAACAAGACGGGAUUUGAAAAGGUUCUGAAAAAGUAUGACAAGAUCUUGGACCGGAAGCUCAAGAAGACCUACCUAACCAAAUACGUCUACCCCGCCUAUCCCUUCCAGCAAAGCACCAUGGACGAGCUGUCACGCAACCUCGAGCGCAUAGAAGCCGCGUAUGCCAAGAUUGGUACAAAGGGCGACAUAGCAGAGGCCAAGCGCGAGCUCAGACUACACCUCCGAGAGCACGUUGUUUGGGAGCGAAAUACAGUAUGGAGGGAAAUGAUUGGCAUUGAGCGCAAGGCGCAGGCAGCCAAUAUUGGCAUUACGCAGACCUUGCUGGGCCGCGAAACUACCGGUGGUAGAGUGCGGCGGCAGGGCGACGACGACGAAUCAGACAUGAAGGAGGUGGACACGCCAAUUGGAAGAUACAGAUGUCCCCAAUGGCUCAUCAGCAAGCCCUUCUGGAUGCUCCUUACUUGCAUUGCCAUUUUUGUGGUACUGCUAGUAGUGCCAAUCAUGGAAAAGCCUGAGCAGCAGAAUUGCCUGGCCAUGGUUGUCUUUGUUAGUUUGCUCUGGGCGACGGAGGCGAUUCCUCUGUUUGUCACAUCACUUCUAGUGCCAUUCCUGGCUGUCACGCUUAACGUUGUUCGAAGCGAUGUCGAGCCCCAUCGCCGACUCGACUCCAAGCAGGCUGCUUCGUAUGUCUUUUCCGCCAUGUGGACACCAGUCAUUAUGUUGCUUUUGGGCGGUUUCACUAUUGCUGCUGCGCUUUCCAAGUACAACAUUGCCAAAAUGAUGGCCACCCUUGUGCUUAGCAAGGCGGGAACCAAGCCAAGAACUGUCUUGCUGGUCAACAUGUUUGUUGCUAUGUUUGCCAGUAUGUGGAUCAGUAAUGUAGCCGCACCUGUACUGUGCUUCUCCAUUAUUCAGCCCAUUCUGCGCAACCUCCCUGCCGACUCCGACAUGACCAAAGCGUUACUGAUGGGAAUUGCACUCUCAUCCAAUAUUGGUGGAGCUGCAUCUCCCAUUGCCUCACCACAAAACCUGAUUGCGCUCCAGAACAUGCAGCCCGAACCCUCUUGGGGUGUUUGGUUCUUCGUAGCCCUUCCCGUAUGCAUCAUCUCCAUUUUGCUCAUCUGGGUACUUCUCCUCGUCACCUUCCAGCCCGGAAAGGGUACCAGCAUUGUGCCUAUCCGCCCACUCAAAGAUAGAUUUACUGGUGUCCAGUACUUUAUCAGCAUUGUCACUAUUGUGACCAUUGCGCUCUGGUGCGUAAGCCAUCAGCUCGAAUUCAUAUUUGGCGACAUGGGCGUCGUGGCCAUCAUCCCCAUUGUGCUCUUCUUCGGUACGGGAAUCCUCACCAAGGAAGACUUUAACAAUUUCCUGUGGACCAUUAUCAUUCUCGCUGCGGGUGGUCUGUCGCUUGGAAAAUCAGUCAAUUCGUCUGGUCUCCUACACACGAUUGCCGAGUCCAUCACUGCUGGUGUCGAGGGCAUGAGUCUGUACGGGGUCCUCGUUGUUUUCUGCGCGCUGAUCUUGGUCGUGGCGACGUUUAUCAGUCAUACCGUCGCAGCGCUUAUUGUGCUGCCGCUGGUGCAGCAGGUAGGACAGCAGAUGGCGGAGCCGCACCCGAAUCUGCUUGUCAUGGGCGCGGUACUGAUGGCGAGUGGAGCUAUGGGAUUGCCUACUAGCGGGUUCCCGAAUAUGACUGCUAUUAUGAUGGAAGACUCUCGAACGGGCCAGCGGUAUCUCGCCGUCAAGCACUUUUUGACUCGCGGUGUGCCUGCUUCCAUUAUGACGUUUGCCGUGAUUGUCACGGUGGGCUAUGGCCUUAUGCUUGCCGUGGGAUUUUAA